AUGCUAGACGGUUGUCCUGGACAUUUUGCGACCAUUACACGUGAUUGGUUGGACACACAUUUACCAAACAGAUGGAUUGGUAGAGGAAGUCCAUUUAUUAAAUGGCCACCCCGAUCUCCAGAUGUCACGCCAAUGGACUUUUCAAUAUGGGGUAUUGUACGUGAUGAUGUCGCCGUUCGAAUUUACGAAAACGUAAAUGAAUUAAAGCAAUCAAUUGAAUACUCAUUUUCAAAAAUUGAUGUCCUAAACCGCUAUUUGGCGAUUGAAAUGGACGGCGCCAUUCUUGUAGUGGCCGGAAGUGAGGGACAAAUGCCACAAACCAGAGAACAUCUUAUGUUAAGUAAACAAAUCGGUGUCAAAAAGUUGGUCGUCUUUGUCAACAAAUGUGAUUUAAUCGACGAUAAGAUGAAAGAAUUGGUAGAAAUGGAAGUGAGAGACCUGUUAAACAACUAUGGCUUCGAUGGCGAUAACACACCGUUUUUAUUUGGAUCAGCUCUGGCGGCUCUUAGCGGAGACAAAUCAGGCGUCGGCGAAGAGUCUAUUAUCAAACUGUUGGAUACACUCGACUCAUACAUUACUCCUCCGGAAAGAGACACAAAUUCACCAUUUCUUAUGCCAAUUAUGUCGACAGAUAUUACUCGCAGAGGAAUUGUUUGUAUUGGAACCGUUGAAAAAGGAAUCAUAGCUCGUGGCGAUCCCAUUGAUAUUAUAGGUUGGGAUGCUAUCAUCAAAAGUGUCGCAAUCAGCUAA